AUGAAAAAUGUUAUUCAAGAUCCAGAAGGUAGGUCAUAUAUGGAAAAGGCUUUUAUUCCUGGUGUUACCAUUCAAACAUUUAGAUUUAAAUCAAGAAAUGGAUCAGAGCAAUAUAAGAAUUACUCUGAUUCUAUUGUUGUGAUAAUGAAAGGAAUCAAUAUGCCAAUGGUAAAAAUUCCAAGAAUCUUUGUAAUUAUUGAUCUGUCAAGAAACAAAUUUGAAGGAGAGAUUCCAAAUAUUAUUGGUGAGCUUCAUGAACUCAUAGGACUUAACCUUUCCCAUAACAAACUCAUUGGUCACAUUCCCCCGUCCCUGGGAAACUUGACAAACUUGGAAUGGUUGGAUCUCUCCUCAAAUAUGUUGAUUGGUAUGAUUCCUGCCGAAUUCACAAAUCUCAACAGCCUUGAAGUUUUGAAUCUUUCCAAUAACCAUCUUGUAGGAGAAAUACCUCAAGGAAAACAGUUCAACACUUUUUCAAAAGAUUCAUAUGAAGGAAACUUAGGGUUGUGUGGAUUUCCUUUGUCAAAGAACUGUGGACCUGAACAACAUUCUCCACCUUCACCCGACAAGCUUUGGAGCGAAGAGAAAUUUGGAUUUGGAUUUGGAUGGAAGCCAGUGGCAAUUGGAUAUGGAUGUGGAUUUGUGUUUGGAAUAGGCCUUGGAUAUUGCAUGUUUUUAAUUGGAAAGCCAAGAUGGCUUGUGAUGAUAUUUGGUGGCCAACCAAAGAGAAAAGUGAGAAGAAGAACAAGAGUGAGAAGAACCAAUGGUCCAACCAUGAAUCAGAUGAUACAAAUGUCAUAG